AUGGUAAAACAAAGAGGAAAGGGCUCCAAACAACCCGGCAGAGGUGACUCCUCCCGGGGAGGCAAAGGCAAGAUGAUAAAACUCACUCCCCAAGUUCGGGAAAGCAUAAAAAAGACAAGGAAGCUAAUAAAAGCUGCAGACAAAGCUGCUUCUCAUUCUUCGGGGAGUGAGUAUGUGCCUUCACAGGAUGUCUCUUCAGAUUCCAUUCCCAAUCAUGUCCUGGACUGGCCCAGAAGGUUUAGACUGACAGAUGAUACUCCUCCGCCAUCACCCGCUGUCCGACAGCCAAUCAAUGUUGUGCAUGAGUCAUCUGAGGCUUCUUUGUCAGGGGAGAGUGCAGAAGGAGACGAGGAGGAGGUUCAAGGUGCUAGAGAGGGGCCAAACAACCCCAAGGACAAAAAUUACAAGCCGCCUGCCUCUGCUCCAACUGGCCAGUCUGAUGAGCCGGUCGCGGUAGAGCUCUCCACUGAGCCUGCCUCCACCACCGUUGAGUUGCCUCCGGGACCUUUCACUACUGCUGCUGCAUCAUCCAAGUUGUCUACACUGUCUUCUACCAUUGCGGCUCAGUCAGCAUCACAGCCAGCACAGAUUCCACAGUCCAUUGAGGACACAUUAAAGAAGAUCUUGGAGAACCAAGAAAAGAUCAUCAGUACUCAGGAUGCCUUGUCUAAGGCAGUGGACUCACACGACUUGCUAUUUGGGGAUCCAGAUCCAGCAGCAGUACCGGCAACAGAGCCACAGCGGGAGCAGACACAGAGGCUUCCAAGGAAGAAGAGAAAGCUCCCUAGUGCAGAUGAGGCGAUCAUCCAGUUGGCAGACCCACCGGAGGCCUCCUCUAGUCAGCCACAUGAUGCCCCUAAUAUUCAGCCCGUCCAGCCAUCAUCCUCGCCCGUCGCAGAGGCCACUAGGUGUGACACUCACAUACCUGAGACGGAUGAGUAUAUUCAGGAGCCCGAUGCGACCGUGGUUACUGCUGCACCGACGGCCCCUUCUACCGAGCCUGCCAGCCUUACUGACGAUCAUGCCGCAGAUCAUCCUCCGAUAAAGAGGCAUCGUGCUGAGGAUUAUUCUGAUAGUGUUUCCGGGCGGGAUGGGAUGCGCCUGAGGCCAGCGCCAUCAUCCUCGCCCGUCGCAGAGGCCACUAGGUGUGACACUCACAUACCUGAGACGGAUGAGUAUAUUCAGGAGCCCGAUGCGACCGUGGUUACUGCUGCACCGACGGCCCCUUCUACCGAGCCUGCCAGCCUUACUGACGAUCAUGCCGCAGAUCAUCCUCCGAUAAAGAGGCAUCGUGCUGAGGAUUAUUCUGAUAGUGUUUCCGGGCGGGAUGGGAUGCGCCUGAGGCCAGCGGCUGCUUUAAAGCAUAAAGGAUGUGGGACACAUUAUUUUUUUUUGAUUUUAUAG